AUGGACGCCCCCACUUUGAUGAUGUACGGGGCCUACAUUAUCCUCGCAGCAAUAUUCCUCCGACUCUUCACAAACAGAUAUAAACGAGGACUUGAAAAUAUCCCCGGUCCAACUAUCGCCAAGUACUCCAGCCUUUGGAAGCUGCACAAUGUCUGGAAAGGAAACCACCACCAGACAGCCCUUGACCUACACCGCAAGCACGGCUCGCUGGUUCGAAUUGGCCCAAACCACAUCUCGGUCGGCGAUCCCAGCGCCAUCCCUCUGAUUUACGGCUUAAACAAAGGAUUUAUGAAGACAGAAUUUUUCCCAAUCCUGUCAAUAUCGUGGAAAAAAAAGCCCCAAAUGAACCUCUUCUCCACAAGAGACGAAACCUAUCACCGACAACAAAAGCGCAACGUUGCAGAGGCCUACAGCGUCUCCUCACUCCUUGAACUUGAAUCCUCAGUCGACUCCUGCACAGAUAUCCUCACCUCCCAGCUCUCAAAAUUCGCUACAGAAGGCACACCCAUCGAUUUAGGUAUCUGGCUCCAGUACUACGCCUUCGACGUCAUCGGCGAAAUAACCUUCGCCAAGAAACUGGGGUUCCUGGAGCAAGGCCGCGACGUCGACGGCAUGAUGCAGGCUAUCAAAGGUAUGCUCGUAUAUGCCAGUCUAUGCGGACAGACUCCAAAAAUGCACAAGGUCCUCCUUGGGAAUCCGCUUUUGACACUUUUUAUUCCCAGCAUGGAGUCCUGGAACCAGGUACUGCAGUUCACGCUUAAGGCUGUGAAUUCUGUUGCGUCGCUGAAAAGAGAUGGGGAUAAGAUUAAUGAGUACCAGGGUGAGGGCGAGGGUGGGAAAGACAUGAUGUCCCGUUGGAUGGCGAUUCACCGUGCCGAUCCCGAGAAAUUAUCGGUGCGGGAUAUUAUUGUCCAUCUUUCUGCGAAUGUUUUCGUUGGCGCUGCUACCACGUCUAUUGCAUUACGUGCGAUUCUGUACUACCUUAUGCGGAACCCGCGGUGUAUGGAAAAAGUUCGGGAUGAGAUUGAUACUGCUGUUCUGGCAGGGAGGAUUGGGAAUCCGAUCUCGUACCAUGAAUCCCUGGCUCAUUUACCCUAUAUGACGGCUGUCAUUAAAGAAGCGUUGAGACUCCAUCCUUCCACGGGGUUGAUUAUUGAGCGGGAGGUUCCUCAACAGGGGGCUACAAUUUGUGGGGAGUAUAUUCCAGGGGGGACUACCGUGGGUAUCAAUGCUUGGGUUGUGAAUCGGAAUGCGCGGGUAUUCCAUGAUCCUCAUGCAUUUAUCCCUGAGAGGUGGCUGGAUAGUACGCCUGAGAAAUUGAAGGAGAUGGAUCAGACUAUUUUUACUUUCGGGUACGGGCCGAGGGCUUGUAUAGGGAAGAAUGUCUCUUUUAUUGAGAUGCACAAGAUAGUCCCGCAACUGUUGCGGGAAUUUGACAUUCGUUUGAAUAGUUCUAGGGAGUGGAACGUGAGAAAUAUUUGGUUUGUGCAGCAAGAGGGUAUGAUAUGUGAUCUUGUGAAGAGGUGA